GGGUGGCCUCAUGCUGCCCAGCGGAAUCGACCCCGAGCAGCGCCGGCAGGCGUCUGAGGAGGACGCCCCGGCUUCAGUCUUCCGGGCCAGCGAGCAUCAGCAUAUUCGCUACAACCCGCUGCAGGAUGAGUGGGUGCUGGUGUCAGCUCAUCGCAUGAAGCGGCCUUGGCAAGGACAGGUGGAGCCCCAGCAUGUGGAAACAGUGCCCCGCCAUGACCCUCUCAACCCUCUGUGUCCUGGGGCCGUGAGGGCGAAUGGCGAGGUAAAUCCCCACUAUGAUGGCACCUUCCUGUUUGACAAUGACUUCCCAGCUCUGCAGCCUGAUGCUCCUGAUCCAGGUCCCAGUGAUCACCCCCUUUUCCGAGCAGAGGCUGCCAGGGGAGUUUGUAAAGUCAUGUGCUUCCACCCCUGGUCGGAUGUGACACUGCCACUCAUGUCGCCCCCUGAAAUCCGUGCUGUCAUCGAUGCGUGGGCCUCAGUCACAGAGGAGCUGGGUGCUCAGUACCCUUGGGUGCAGAUCUUUGAAAACAAAGGGGCUAUGAUGGGCUGUUCUAACCCCCACCCCCACUGCCAGGUGUGGGCUAGCAGUUUCCUGCCAGAUAUUGCUCAGCGUGAGGAGCGGUCUCAGCAAGCCUAUCAGAGUCAGCAUGGAGAGCCUCUGUUAGUGGAGUAUGGCCGCCAGGAGCUCCUUAGGAAGGAACGUCUGGUUCUAACAAGUGAGCACUGGUUAGUGCUGGUCCCCUUCUGGGCAGUGUGGCCCUUCCAGACUCUACUACUGCCCCGGCGGCAUGUGCGGAGGCUGCCUGAGCUGACCCCUGCGGAGCGGGAUGAUUUAGCCUCCAUCAUGAAGAAGCUUUUGACCAAGUAUGACAACCUAUUUGAGAUGUCCUUUCCCUACUCCAUGGGCUGGCAUGGGGCUCCUACAGGAUCAGAAGUUGGGGCCAAGUGGGACCACUGGCAACUGCACGCUCAUUACUACCCUCCACUUCUGCGCUCUGCGACUGUCCGGAAAUUCAUGGUUGGCUAUGAAAUGCUUGCCCAGGCCCAGAGGGACCUCACCCCUGAGCAGGCUGCAGAGAGAUUAAGGGCACUUCCUGAAGUACAUUACCAGUUGAAGGCGAAUAAGGAAACAGCAGCUGUCAUCUGACCACACUGACCACAGGGCCUUGAAGCUUUCUGGCUGAGAGAACUGGAGUUUGGGCAGAUGCAGUAUCAAUAAAACUGCUUCUUGAGCUCUAACCACCUAUUGUGAUAUCAGAGGAAUAUGAUCUCUACCACCUUUAGAGAUCUGAGAUUAAAGGCUAAAUGUUCUUCUA